CGGCAGCGCGUCCGCGGUGGCUCUGAGAAGCAGCCGCCAAGAUGAUGGACGAUCGGGGCCGCGUGUACCGGGUGGUGACGGGCCCCAAGCCGUACUCCUUGGCCAUAAAAGCUAAGUUGCCCAGGAAAACGGCAGAUGUCGGGAAGCAGAUCCUUUAUUGGAGGGAGCAGGAAGCAAAGCGCAGUGAAUCUGCCCAAUACGCCAAGUCCCACCAUGUUGGAGUCCUGACGAGUAAAAUGGAGGAGGUCAGUGAACGGAAACGGCUUCACCUGGAGAUUCAGAAGAGAGUCGGCGUGGAAAUGCAGGCCUACCUGGCCGGGGAAGAAGAGAGGAAAGAGAGACUUCGGAAUCUCCUAGAAGCUGAAGAGAAGGGCUUCAUUGCCGAAAUGGAAUCGCAGGAAGAGGCCGUAGAGGGUCGGCAGAAUAGCAUGAGAAUGAGAGCAGAAGAGCUGAGGGAGAAGAGGGAAGAGGCUCGGCGGAAGCUGGUGGCGGAAAAACGGGAGCUGCAGUGCCGAGAAAACUGUGAGGAGGUACGGUUAUUAUUAAGCCAGCAGCACAUGAUGGAGGUGUGUAAGGACCGACUGGCCCAGCUGGCCCUGAAGGAGGAGCUGAACAAGCAGAAGGAGAGGGAGGAGGCCAUGUACGCUGCGCUCUGGGAAGAGGAUAGGUUAGCCAAGGAGGCACGAGCUGCUGAGGAAGCCAAGAAAAGGUCAGGUUGGGGUGAGGAGACGAUCAACAUGCUCAACGCCCAGAGGGCCAUAGCGGACGCUCAGAAGGAGGAGGCGAGGCGACUGAAGGAGGAAGAGGCGAAGCUGAUGGAAGAAGAACGGCAGUUGCUCAAACUAGAGAAUGAACAGGCCGAGAUAGAAAGACGGCGGAAAUUGAGAGAAUGCAGAGACAUGUUGCUGAGUUCCAUAAAGGAGAAAGCAAGGCAUCUCAAUGAAGUAAGACAAGAGGAGCUUGCUUUGGAAAUGAAGAUCUUGGAUCAUGUCCUGCAAGAAUCCCUGGAGGACACCGAAGGCCAGAAACAAAGGAAGGAGGAACUCUUAAAAGAGCAGCAGAUAUAUCAGGCCUACCUGGCGCAGCAGAGGGAAGAGCAGAAACGACAGGAAAAAGAGAUGGACAAGUUGCGGGCCGAGGAUACUGCAAAAAUGUGGGCCAAGAGGGCUGAGAAGGAACGGGCCAUGAAACAAGCCAGAGAUCGGUUACUCAAAGAGGUCAUGGACACACGGAAGCUUCAGGUUGAGGAGAAAUUGCAGAGAAAUGCCAAGGAGCAAGAAGACCUUCGCCAAGACAAGGAAUUAUUAAGGGCAGCCCUUCAGGAAUACCACCAUCUAGAACAUGAGAGCUACAAGAGGCAUUUGCAGCAAGCAAAACAAUAUCAGGAAGAACUCCAUGCUCAGAUGGAUCACCUCAAGGAAGCCCGUGAGAUGGAGAAGGAAGAGCAGCGCCGUGAAUACGCCCUAGCACAGGAGGCAGAAUUGCUUUAUCACCAAAAGUUGGCAGAUAUCCUUUCCAGACCAUACAUGAAGUUGAAAUAUCUUCACCCUCUAAGGAGGCAACUAGUCUGUAGCAAUAAGUGUUAGUAUCAGUUCCCCCCAUGGGUGUGUAGAUUCUGCCUGGGCCCAGCGAUGGAAGGGAAGGGGGAAGUC